AUUGACUCUGUGUUAUGCAGUCAUUACUGGUAUAACUGGUAUAAAAAGGCUGAGAAAGGCAUUCCUUGAGAAGAGGAGGAGACAGAGAGAAAAAGAGAGAGAUUUCUUUGCAAGACAAAAGCAGAGCAUUUGGCAGGCGCCAUUCAUUUCCUGCUACACAAAUUAUCUCAAACCACAGUGGCCUGCUCUGUUUCUUCGUACAAAAAAUUUGACAGGAACCCACUCUCUGUUUCUUUAUACAAAGAAAUCUUGCAAUCCUCAUGCCAAAUGGCUGAACAUGCCCGAAUCUCUCUGUUUUGACUGCAUUUGGGAGGAUUAGGAAAGAGAAGUUUUGCAUGCGCCUGCACUGCCAUCUUCAUUCUUUUCAUAGUUUUUUGUUUUGGUGGUUAUAGAAGCUCAAUUUUGGGUUCUUGAUUUCUCUGUUGAAUCUCCUCCAAAGUAGUAGACAAGAAAGAGGAAUGGGAAGAAGGCCGUGCUGUGACAAAGUUGGGCUCAAGAAAGGACCCUGGACUGCAGAUGAAGAUAAAAAGCUUGUUGCUUUCAUUACUAACAAUGGCCACUGCUGCUGGCGUCUCCUUCCCAAGCUUGCUGGGUUGCUGAGAUGUGGAAAGAGUUGCAGGUUAAGGUGGACAAAUUAUCUUCGCCCUGAUCUGAAACGUGGUGUCUUAUCAGAGUCAGAGGAGAAUCUUAUCAUCGAACUUCAUUCUCAGAUGGGUAAUAGGUGGUCCAAGAUUGCAUCACAUUUGCCAGGGCGUACAGAUAACGAGAUUAAAAACUACUGGAACACCCACAUAAAAAAGAAGCUGUGGCGCAUGGGAAUCGAUCCCGUGACGCACAGGCCUCUGCCACAGCCUCCAUCUACACUGGAACCAAACAACAUAGCAGAAGCAUACAAAUUCUCUUCAGAUGAAGACACGCAGAAGCAAAUCCUCCAUGAAAACCCAACACAAAUCAUACAGGAACCUGAAGGCUCGGAGACAACAGUUUUAAUCAAUCUUUCCGAGGACGAAGAAUUCAAGCAGAGAGAAGACAUUUCAUACACAGAAAUCCCCUGCAAAAUGGAGGACCCAUCAAUUCAGAACUUGUGGGAUUACAAUGACACUGCAGCAGAUUGCUUUGGGAGCUCCCAGUACGGCAUAACUUGGUUCGACCAUGAAUCUUACGUAGGUCAGGUGUUCGAAACUCCAGGGCUAUCCCCUGCAUCACCAGAUUUUUACAACACCCAUUUAAUUUUGCAGUCCCUGGAUAAUUUUAACAAUCAAUCCCCCUCAUGGGAUGUAAACCCAGAACUCACCUCCAACAGGAUUUAUUCCCAAAACUAGCUUAUAAAUCCCAAAGUUUGCUGCUGUAAUAAUAUAAGCUACGACAGAAAAAAGAAAACCAGAGCAAUGUAAAUAUGAGGCAUAGAGCCUUAACCAAAUUCAAAAUCCGUAACUGGAUAGACAUGAAACAGAAAUUUCAACCAUCUGGGUCUUUUUGUUUUUAAAAUUUCUAUACAGAAAACUGAAAUUUGGGUCAAAAUCUUUCCAACUGAAAAAAAUAAAAAAAUCGCGUCUCUGUAAUUGAUAGUUGUGUAAUUGUGUGCAUGAAUGUGGUGAAGGGGAUAAAUUCAAAAAAUUGCCAAAUUGUCUGGCAAAACAAUAGAAAAAUGCCUGGAUAAGAUUCUUCCGCAUAUAUUACAUUACAAGAGGGAAUCAAACAGCUUAGAAACGGAUUUUUGUGGA